AUGCCUGGCUUGAUCGCGGUGUUCAAGCCGCAUAACCUGCCCACCCUCUCCUUGGACUGCGCAGACCCAGUCAGCCUGGAAGGCCUCCUGGCGGCAGCCCGGCGUGCCCAGCUCAAGCCAGGUCAAGGAUUAAAAGCGAAUCUGAACCCUAGGCAGCUGGCUGGCACGUAUUCUUGUGCCGGGACUGAACCGGUGACCAUCACACCUUCCGAUGCUUCCAUGUUGCGCUGCAUCAAGAAUCUGGGACAACGAGGCUCUGACGCUGCCACUUCAGGGGCCAAUGGAGUGCCUGUUUCUGCUACCCCCCAAACUGAGCUGGAUGUGGCAUGUCUUGUACGUGAGCUUGAACAGCCUCCGGCCUCCGCAGCGGCUCAGCUGGCUCUGCCCGAACAAGGCCUGCUGCAUCGCUUGGACAACGCCACCAGUGGAUGGGUUUUGGCAGCCACAAACGAGCGGACAUUAGCGGCCUACCGUCAGCUACGCCAGGCCGAACUUAUUGAGCCAGUUUAUGCUGCGCGCUGCCUGCUUCACCCCCUUUCUGACCUGCGAGCCCACUUUCAAGCCUUUUGCGAGCGAGGCGUGCAGGCACGCAAUCUCCGAAGCCGCUUCGGAGUCCUCAUCGAUAUUUUUCCUGAGCCCUUGGCGUUGGAAGCUGAUGCACCUGCUGCCCCACCUCGACGCCUAGUGCUCCGCAUCAAAAGCGGCCUUGAACAGCGAGGCGACCGGGUUUUUGUACAUCCAACCGAUCAGUUUGAUGAUGUCACAACCCCUGAUGACGAAAAACGCCUCACGUUUUGGUCCGCCGAGGCAGCACCGAGGCGCAGUGAUGGAGCGACGGAUCCGACGAAUUCCAAUUCUAGCCCGUCUCGACGAGAAUAUCAGGGGGGCCGAUCGCAGCUGGGCCCAGUGCGCACGAGCUUGAUCAGUAUUGACGUACGCCAGCUACGGCGAUGCUUGAGCACUCGCAACGAAGUGCCUCUGGAUGUGCAAUGCACAUUUGCAAGAGGCAUGCGCCACCAACUGCGCGCCCACCUGGCUGCCGUGGGGCUUCCUCUUCUACACGAUGACUUGUAUGGGCUGACAGCUGAUCAUCCAGGCCAGCCAGAGAAGCAUGAUGGCAAACAUUCCCAGCCGGCUUUGCAGUUAUCAUGCAUUGGGUAUCAUCUUCGUUCCGGUGGCCGUGAUAAUAUGACAGCUCAGGAAGAUGCAGCGAAAUCCAUGACCCUCUUCAUGACUGAUCAAUGA